AUGCCGUAUCCAGUACCUACCAGGCCAUGGGAAAUUAUUGGGACUGAUUUAUUCGAAUGGCAUGAAACCCAGUAUCUGAUCAGCGUUGAUUCAUACUCGGGAUGGUUUGAAAUAAAUAGUAUGCAGGACACUUGUACCAAGAAUCUUAUCCAGAAACUCAAGGUACAUUUUUCCCGUUUCGGUAUACCAGAUCUUGUAAUCUCGGAUGAGGGACCACAGUACCAAUCUCAUGAGUUUGCCAAGUUCGCAGAAACUUGGGGAUUCAAGCGUACAACCAGCAGUCCUUAUUUCCAUUCCAGCAAUGGUCUUGCUGAAAAUGCAGUAAAAGCUGCUAAAAGACUGUUAGAAAAAUCCUACAAGGAUGGGGCAGACUUUUAUUUCAAUCUUCUGAACUGGAGGAACACUCCAAGAGAUUCUGUACUGGGAUCACAAGCCCAGAGAAAUCUAUCGCGACGUACUAGAACAGGUUUACCUACUGCAGAAACCUUGUUGAAACCGUCAGUAAUUGAUCCAGCUAAAGUUCAUAACCGCCUGACGGACCUUAGAAAAAUGCAGAAAACAUUUGUGGAUGCAAAAGCAAAGCCAUUAGACCCGCUUGAACCCGGUGACAAUGUAAGAAUGCAAACUAAGAAAGGGUAUGACAGAACCGCUGUCGUUGUGAAAGAAUCAGAACAGCCGCGUUCAUUCAUAGUGAAAGCAUCGGACACUGGACUAGAAUAUCGCAGAAAUCGCCAACAUCUGCUAAAGACUCCUAAUGCUAAGAAAGUGACAUUCCAACAAGGAGAGGAGAAUGAGACAGUGACCGCGAGUGUACCGCAUGUACCGGACUUGAAUGCGCCAAAUAUGAAGACUCUGCCACCGGGCAAAACCACUGUUGCAGCAAAUGUUGCACCGCCGCAACCCGCAAUACCACAGACUGCGAAACAGGUUGUAACUAGGUCUUGA